AUGCAUCGUGAAAUACAGAAAAUGAGGGAAAUUGCCCUUGUUUACCUUGACAGAAGUGGUGGUCUUCAGAAAUUCGUGCACGAUUGCAAAAAAUAUAAUGACUCAAAACAAAGUUAUGCUGUUUAUCGUUUUGUUAUUUCAAUAAAUCCUUCUGAUAUUGCUGAAUUAGAUGCAACUCUUGGAAACUACAUUCUUCAUAGUCCCAUACAAGCUGCACAGAUUUUUCAGUCAGUAUGUUUCAUAGCUAGUAAGACAUUAUCAUUAAUUGAACAACUGCAGACAGAAGCGCAGAUUAGUAUACUGCUGAAACCAACACAUCUACCACCUUUACCAAGUUAUGUCCUGAGUCUUUCUGCGUUUCCCUUUAAUUACACAUCUCAAAGAUUUUAUAUGUCUGAAGGAAUAGCGAUUGCAAUGGGAACUAUAACAAAAUAUACACAAGGAGCAAGAUUUCUUUGUACUGAGGAAACCUGUCCAUUUUCUGAAGGAUUUAGGUACAUAAGAGUGCAUCUGCCUGGAGCUACAGAAUCUGCCACAGUGAGGAAUGAUUUUGUGUGUAGUUUGUGUUCUUCGCUGCUGCAGGAAGACAUGAAAUUUAGAGUACUUGGUGAUAAACAAAUAGUUGAAAUGAUUGAUGCAAAAGUUCUUAAUGCUUUGAAAGGAUAUUCCAACGAUAAAUCACAUUUUAGGAUUCAGACAUUUACAGUUUUCUUGAGAG